AUGUCGAGAGAAGCGUCGAUGCCUAUUAUAAAAAAGUUCUUGGUGGACAUUUUCUUAAUAGCAGGACUAACAUUUGGCAUAUACGCAACUGUACGGAUAUGGGUACCGUUUGAACGAGGAUUCUUUUGUGGGGACGAAAGUCUCAUGUUCCCAUACAAACCCGACACAAUUACCACACCCACGCUUAGAGUCGUCGGUUUGUUCCUGCCUACCAUAGCGUUUCUUGUAUGCGAAUUCGUUUUAUUGCGCAAAGAGGUCGACGACAAGCGAAUUUUUAACAUGUGCAUACCAGUGUGGGUGCGAGGCUUCUACUGCUCUUUGGCUUCAUUCUCUUAUGGUUGCUGUUUCGUAGAACUUACUACCAACAUCGCUAAAAAUAUUAUUGGCAGACUGAGACCACACUUUUUUGAUCUCUGCAAGCCAUCCGUAGACUGCAACCUGUCUGAAUGGCAGAAUCGGUACAUACAACCCAAUGAAUACCACUGUUUAGGAGAUCAAACUGAUAAAUUUCAUGAUAUGCACAUAUCCUUCCUUAGUGGACACUCCGCGUGGUCUGCUUACACUAUGUUGUACUUGGCACUCUAUUUAGAAAAGCGUAUGGUCUGGCGAGGAACGCGAGGGUUGCGCCAUUCUAUACAAUUUGUAGCAGUGAUGCUGAGUUGGUUCACUGCUCUGUCCAGAGUAUCAGAUUACAAACACCACUGGAGUGAUGUACUUGCUGGGUACUCCGUAGGACUUACUUUUGCUAUUCUUGUGUGGAAAUGGGGUACAGACAUCUUAGAACCUAAGAAUAAGCAUAAGCCCAUCCCUCUACAUGACUCUUCUCAUAUGGAGCAACGUCAAACAGCUUUACCUGCA